AUGCAGGCAAACUUACAACAUGCCAAAGCCGCUUCAUACCUCCUUGGAAAAAACCUCAAGGAUGAAUUAAUCGACCUGGCCUUCCUGCUGGAACCAUGGACAGGAAAUACAGGCCGAGUAACCGUACUAAGCAAUAUUCCUGUUCUCCAAAAAAGGAAUAGGCUGAAGGCUAAAGCCGAAGCUAAAGUGGCCAAGAAAGAGGAAGCCCCUACCAAGAGGCCAAACACCCUCAGGGCUGGAACUAACACCGUUACGAAACUAAUUGAACAGAAGAAAGCUCAGUUGGUAGUGAUUGCCCACGACGUGGACCCUAUUGAGUUGGUGUUAUUCUUACCCGCCCUCUGCAGGAAAAUGGGUGUACCGUAUUGCAUGGUGAAAGGAAAAGCUAGACUGGGACUUUUGGUGAGGCGCAAAACUUGCACUGCAGUAGCUCUUACCCAGGUUGAUUCUGGUGACAGGUCCAACUUCAACAAGGUUGUAGAAGUCAUCAAAACCAACUUCAAUGACCGCUAAGACGAAAUCAGGAGACACUGGGGUGGUGAUUUGUUGGGUUCCAAAUCCGCAGCUCGUAUCGCCAAGAUCGAAAGGGCCAGGGCUAAGGAACUCGCCCAGAAACAGGGUUGAGAUUGGUAACUGGUUGUAUUCUUGUUUCAAUCCAACUUUGUAAUAAAUACAUUAUAAGU